AUGCCCAAGGUCCCACAAACGUCCCCAGCGACGGGCCUUCCGACGUCAAGCUCUUACAUAUACACCCUCGACUGCCAUUUUGUCGACUCCGCUGGUCGGACUCUUCUCCUACGUGGUGUGAAUCUUUCUGGGGCAUCUAAAGCUCCCGUUGGCCACCUGUCAUAUCUCCUCGAAGACUUUUGGGAUAGCGCAGAGGCUGGCGGGGAGAGCUUCGUCGGGAGACCACUUAACAUCGACGAUGGGUCCGCGGACGUGCAUUUGGCGCGGCUGAGAGGUUGGGGGUUCAACAUGCUGAGGUUCCCUUUCACAUGGGAGGCCAUAGAGCACGCUGGGCCUAAGAAGUACGACUACGAAUUCAUUGACUACACAAUACGCGUCCUGCAAAAGUGCAAGGACUAUGGCUUUCGUGUUUACUUAGAUCCCCACCAAGACACAUGGUCCCGCUUCUCUGGUGGUUCAGGUGCACCGUACUGGACCCUCGCUGCUUGCGGUAUUAACCCAAAGCAUAUCACCGACACUCAGGCCGCUAUCAUUCAUUGCGAGUAUCCACUAGCCCAUGCUCCUGAUCCUGCUGCCCUACCUGCCAUGAUAUGGAGCACGAACUACGGCCGUCUGUUUUCACAGACUGUCUUCACCCUCUUCUUCGCUGGUCGCGACUUUGCACCUGAUUGCAUAAUUGACGGUGUCAAUAUCCAAGAUUAUCUUCAGGACCACUACAUUGGUGCAUGUGGAGUCCUAGCGGACCGCAUAAGAGAAUACGACAAUGGUAGUCUCUUGGACGACUGUAUCAUUGGGUGGGACAACAUGAAUGAACCAUUCGAAGGUCUUUGCGGGUGGGAUGACCUCAACACCAUUCCCGCGCGGCAGGGCUCCACACUCAAGAAAGGGCCCUCUCCAACGCCAGCGCAAGGUCUCAGGUUGGGAAUGGGUAAGGCGCAGACAGUGGACCACUGGACUUUCGGAAUGUUCGGGCCCUCACGGGACGGAACAGUAACCAUUGACCCUAAGGGCCGGAAGCUCUGGUCAGACGGCGAAGAGGAAGUUGAUGGAGUUCAUCCAAAGUGGGGAUGGAAGCGCGAUACGACCAAGUGGACUCUUGGGACAUGCAUAUGGGCCCAACACGGCGUUUGGGACAUUGAAACAGGUUACAUCGUUCGCCCUGACUACUUCAAGUACCAUCCCCUGACCGGCCAAGAAGUCGACUUCAUCACUGACUAUUGGAAGCCUCAUUUUGUGGCUUAUACCCAGCGUAUCCGUUCAGCGCAUCCCGAAGCCAUCAUAUUCGUUCAACCCCCCGUGUUCGCAAAGCCACCAAAAUUCGAAGAGGACGAUGACUGCUUGCAAGGACGCUGUGCCUAUUCUGCUCACUACUACGACGGUCUCACACUCGUGACACGGCACUGGAACUGGUUCAACGCCGAUGCACUGGGUUUGCUGCGGGGAAAAUAUUCUUCCCCUUUGCAAGCAGUCAAAGUCGGUUCUGGCGCUAUUCGCAAGUCCCUUCAAGAGCAGUUGGCAUUGCUGCAGUCCGAUGCGGACAUCCUUGGCCCGUAUCCAACCAUCAUUGGUGAGAUUGGUACACCAUUCGACAUGGAUGGUAAAAAGUCGUAUGGCUGGACGGAUAAAGGCAAGUUCAAAGGGGAUUAUCGUAACCAGGAAAAGGCUCUCGACGCCAGUCUGAACGGCUGUGAUGGAUCCAACGGCCUUAAUUAUACAAUUUGGACGUUCUGCCCCGACGACCACUCGCACCAGUGGGGUGAUGGUUGGAAUAUGGAGGACCUGAGCUUGUGGAGCCCCGACGAUGUUUGGAACGACGUUCAACAACAGCCUGGGCCCCUCGCACCUCCCAAGCUGCGUGGUACGCCUGCGAUUUCUUCUCCGAGUCUCGAUACUCUUGCUACAACUGGCUCUAUUGGAUCAUUGUCGACUCUCGGUUUGAAGCGUUUCGGUCACUCGCUGGCACGUAACUCACCUCCCAACCCAUACGACUUUUUGACGAAUGGCGCCCGAGCCGUUCGUGCAUUCGCUCGGCCUUAUCCUAGUAAAGUGGUGGGGAAGCCACUAGAUGUAAAGUUCGACAUUGGGAAGGGGUUGUUCAGGAUGGUCGUCACUGUAGGGCCUGAGGACCGGCCUGAGAAAGGCCUUGCGACGGAGGUUUAUAUACCCCUAGUGCAUUAUGCACACCCCCGCCUACUCGUCCAAGGCAAGGCUUCCACACCGUCAACAAACAAGCGACCACAACUGCGGCGGCGGAAGACAAGCAAACUGAGCAAUGAUGCCAGGUCGACCAACAGCAGCACUUUGUCGUUGUCGGAGUCAAUACGAGAACGGGCACAACCUUCAGAGGAUCUAGAGAUGGCAAAUCGGUCCUCUGACACGGAGCAAGGCUGCAUUGAAAGCGGAUCGUCUACAUCUCUCCUUUGUGACCCAUCAAUACCUGGCCCACUGUCGCUCUCUCCCCCCUCUCCCACGCCUUUGCUCGUGGACGUGGAAGUGAAAGUGAGCAGCGGGACGUGGCGGGUAGACGGUCAGACGCUUUUCUGGUGGUAUGAUGUUCCUGCAGAGGGAGAACCGCCGCGGGAGUAUACGAUUGAGGUGAAGAGGCAAGGAGGGGUUAUCAAGUCCACGGACGUGAAUCGGAGGAGGAAGGGGAAGAAGCCGAGGAAGUUGGAGGAGCAGGACGAGAAGUCUUGGUGUGAGAGGGUGUGUGAGCCCGAGUCUGUGUGCGUUGUUAUGUGACCCAGGUGCACCAUAUUUCUUUUUGCUUGGUUGAUGAUUUGCGCUUGACGUGCAUUGGUUCAUUCAGCUCAUUCUGUUUUUUUUUUCUUCCUUCUUUGAACGGCUCUUUGCUACAUACAUAUUUCUCAUUUGCAUUGAACUUGUACGCAUGAUAAACGAACACUACCCUAUUAGUCAAAUAUUUUUGUACAAUGUGACCUGGUUAGAUGCU